AUAGAGUAGGCGCAAUAGAAAACUUGGCGAUACGUUCGACUUUCCCCCCUUCACGAUUAGGAUGGGAAGCAAAGCUCUGCCUCUGCUCAAAGGAGCUUUAUCACUCCCAUCAUUGCAGCGCCAAAUCUUCAUUUAUAAUGGCUUCCAAUUCCAUACGCUACCUAUUUCUAGCAACAAAAUCCGAAAAUGUUCGACUACUCCACGGAUUCGGGCCUCUCUUCAACCUCCGGAUGUGCCUCGUUUAGCUGAAACAGCUCGAAUCUCUCUCACUCCAACUGAGGUUGAAGAGUUUGCUCCUAAAAUUAGACAAGUUGUUGACUGGUUUGGGCAGCUCCAGACGGUUGAUCUUCAAAGUAUUGAGCCUUCCAUAAGAGCAGAUACUGAAGGUGGCAAUCAGCGGAAUGAUAUUUCUGAAACAUUUGAGAAUAGAGAGGCCAUGAUUGGCGCAGUUCCAGUCUUUGAUGAACCGUACAUUAGAGUUCCUAAAGUUCUGAAUAAGGAGUAGUUGUGAAGAAAAAUCAACGGUCCAGAUUCGAAUCCUUGCAGAUAUUAUAUUUCUUCUCACAGGCUUGUCUCUUAGGCUGCUACAGGGUAUGGCUUCGCUGGGUCCACUGGUUACCUAAGUAAGAGGUUGAAAUGCCCAAUAAGAAUAUUUAGAAUAUAAUAAUUAUAAAUAUGUAACAACUUGAUACGCCAUGUUAAAUUAAGAAAUCAAAUCUGGAUGGCCUCCAUAAAAUAAUCAACAAUUUGCUUUAAA